AUGCACGGAGCAGCCGAAUCCUCCAAUUCGGCCUUAUUUACUUAUACUUCCGAUUCCUAUUUGGUAGAGGAUUCGGCCAGUUCCGGGCGUAGUAGAAGUACCACCUCGUCGGUCAAUCAACCGCUUCAGGGGGAACAAGCUACGCCUCCCGCUCUUCCUGUUAUGCAGGAAGCAGCUAAUCGGGCUCCGCCCUACGUCCCCUACCCCCAUCAACUAAAUGAAAUAAUAGGAGGGGAUAGCGUAGAAUCCAUUCAGAGGCGGCUGUUGGGGACUAAUUGGAAUCCUUCAGCCCAUGACAUAAGAAUGGCCCGGAUUCAAGCCGAAGACCUAUUUGAGGUCAAGGUUGACAUAAUCCGGAAGAUGGCGGGCCUGCAUCCAAGUGGCGAUUGGAUGGGACGGGGGGCGCGGGCCCUGGACAACCCCCGUACGGCCACUGGUGAAGAACACUUGGCUAGGUUGCAUCAAAUGCUUGACGACCUACAGAGCGGGAAUUUUCCAUCUGCAACCUUCUGUCGAAAGAGUCCGCUUACGGGCGGGUGA